UCGGGGAGCAGUGGCCGCCCCUGAGGCAGCACUCACGGCCGCUGGUCCACAGCUAGCGUGCGGUAGCCGCCCCCGCGUCGGUGCUGUCCGCGGGCUCCGGUGCUCGGCUUCAAGUCCUGGCCCCGGCGGCCGGGGCAUGGGCCUGGGGCGCGGGGGAAGGCGGCUCCUUGCAGGUCCGUGACCUGCCUCGACUUCAACAUGAAGACCCUCAUAGCCGCCUAUUCCGGGGUCCUGCGAGGCACAGGCUCCAGCAUCCUCUCCGCACUCCAGGACAUCUUCUCCAUCACUUGGCUCAACAGGUCCAAGGUGGAAAAGCAGCUCCAGGUCAUCUCAGUGCUCCAAUGGGUCCUGUCCUUCCUCAUUCUGGGAGUGGCCUGCAGUGUCAUCCUCAUGUACAUCUUCUGCACUGACUGCUGGCUCAUCGCUGUGCUCUACUUCACCUGGCUGGCCUUUGACUGGAACACACCCAAGAAAGGUGGCAGGAGGUCACAGUGGGUCCGAAACUGGGCUGUGUGGCGCUACUUCCGAGACUACUUUCCCAUCCAGCUGGUGAAGACACACAACCUGCUGACAACCAGGAACUACAUCUUUGGGUACCACCCCCAUGGCAUCAUGGGCCUGGGAGCCUUCUGCAACUUCAGCACUGAGGCCACUGAUGUGAGCAAGAAGUUCCCUGGCAUACGGCCCUACUUGGCCACACUGGCUGGCAACUUCCGAAUGCCGGUACUGAGAGAAUACCUGAUGUCUGGAGGCAUCUGCCCUGUGAAUCGGGACACCAUCGACUACCUGCUUUCAAAGAACGGGAGUGGCAAUGCCAUCAUCAUCGUGGUAGGGGGUGCUGCUGAGUCCCUGAGCUCCAUGCCUGGCAAGAAUGCUGUCACCCUGCGCAACCGCAAGGGCUUUGUCAAGUUGGCCCUGCGUCACGGAGCCGACCUUGUCCCCACCUACUCCUUUGGGGAGAAUGAGGUCUACAAACAAGUGAUCUUUGAGGAGGGCUCCUGGGGCCGGUGGGUCCAGAAGAAGUUCCAAAAGUACAUCGGCUUUGCACCAUGCAUUUUCCACGGACGAGGCCUCUUCUCUUCUGACACCUGGGGACUGGUACCCUACUCCAAGCCCAUCACCACCGUCGUGGGUGAGCCCAUCACCAUUCCAAAGCUGGAGCACCCAACCCAGCAAGACAUCGACUUGUACCAUGCCAUGUACAUGGAGGCCCUGGUGAAGCUCUUUGACAAGCACAAGACUAGCUUCGGCCUCCCCGAGACAGAGAUGCUGGAGGUGAACUGAUCCAGAUCCUUGGGGGUCGGCUGCCAACCAUUUUCUGCCAAGUUCUCAAGUACUUUUUUUUUUUUUUUUUUUUGGUUCUGUAAAUUUGGAAGCGUCAUGGGUGUCUGUGGGUUAUUUAAAAAAGAAAUUAUAAUAAUUUUGUUAAACCAUUA